AUGCACUCGUUUGUCCCCGUCUCGCUUGUAGCGACUGCCACUCUCUUCUCUGCUGUGCAGGGGAUUGAAAUAUUGAAGCCCGCUUCCGGCGACACCAUCGACGCAACUCAAGGCUUCGACGUCGUCUGGACAUACGACUCCUCCGACUUCACCAACUGGGAGAUCGAGCUCGCCAACCCAAACCCCGGAAAGCUGGUCGCCACCGGUGUGACCCAGGCCUCUAUCGCGGGUACCGCGACGUCUACGUUCUCCUAUCAUGUCGCUGCCUUCACCGGCGUCGCUGAUGGAACCAACUACCACGUCGUCUUGGACCCCCGAAAUGGAGGCACUGGCGCAUUUCCGGAAUCUGGUGAAUUCACGAUUGUGAAUGGUGGUGCUGGCUCUACCACCACUACCGGUAGUACUACGUCUACUUCUGGAUCGACGACUUCGACUGGAAGUACCACUUCAGUCGGCUCGGUUACAUCUACAGGAACCAGUACUAGCUCCACCCCUCCUCUAUCUCAAACCAGUACCUCUACCGGUAGUAGUACUGCAGUGAUUAUAAGCAGCAGCUCACCAAUUAUAGCAUCUUCCACUCCAGCUUCCACCUCUACAGGAUCAACGACCUCCGUAACCGGCAUCCCAACCAGCGCCACCGUCGUCCCACCCAUCUCCGUUAUCUCUGUCUCAACCGGCGGCUCCAACAGCACCAUCACCACCUCCAGCACAAGUUUCUCAACCUUCAUCUCCGGAUCCGUGACCUCUUUGAUCCCCCAAUCGACCAUCGUCAAGACCACCGUUGUCCCCGGUGGCGCCGCCACAAGCACCGGCACUGGAAAGGCUACAUCAUCGCCUACUAUUGCGCUUGCCGCUGGUGGCAGCGCUGUUUCAUCGGCCGGAUUACUGGGUAGUGUUAUUGGUGCGAUUUUGGGUGUUUUCAUGCUCUGA